CUGCUGAGAGCACAGCGAGAAACAGAGAGAGGGCGACAGAAACUAAGAAGGGCUUUGAAGGCUGACUGCAGCCCAUGUUGUUGCCCUGCACUUGACUCAAGCAUCUAUGGUGCCUCAAUCACAACCUGCUUUCCAAAGACAUGAACCAUAGUGCAGUUGUUGACACUAUGCAUUGAUCAGAGUUGGGCUCAAACUUGAUUUCUUACCAAGUGCAGAGUAGCCGGGCAUGUCUUCUGGUGUGACAGUUGCCGAUGAGUGCGUUGAGGUUCACGAGCGCAUCAAGAUGAAGAAGGACCUGCGCUACGUAACCUUCAAGAUGUCAGAUGACAAAAAGACCAUUGUUGUGGAUGAGACUGGGGACGCCACGAAGACUUAUGCAGACUUCGUGAAGGCCUUGCCAGAGGGCAGUCCCCGAUACGCACUGGUUGACUUUGAGUUCACGACAGAUGACGGAAGACCCCAGAACAAGCUCGUGUUCGUGUUCUGGAGCCCGGACGACAAGACCACGGUCAAGGAAAGAAUGCUCUAUGCAUCUUCCAAGGACGCCGUCCGGAAGAAGUGCACUGGCGUCAUGAAGGAGGCGCAGGUCAACGACAUCGGAGACCUGGCGGAGGCCGAGAUGCUGUCGAAAGUGAAAUAGGCUGCGCGCCUGGGCCAUGGCAGUUUGCCACAGAGCUUCAACAUGUGAUCCGUGCAUUGCCAGGCAAUGAUCAUGGCUGCAAGGGGUGUGUGGCUUUGGAGGGAUAACAAUUUUUGUCUGCCAUUCUCCGCUGAAUGUAGCCAUCCUCAUUUCACAAGCCAGCGCACCUUGAGUUUCAGCACCCCUACCGCCGAUUUUGAGCCCGACUGGGAGUUGUCGGUCGCGCCAACUGAUCAACGAACGACCAGCAUGAGUGAGAGGCUCGAGAAACG